AGAACACGCUAACAUGUUUUCAACGAUCAAAAAUACAAACCUGCCAAACAAUAAGAACAUUUCCUAAAUAUUCCUGCAAUUUUUUCCCUUAAAUUUUCUCGGAAACCGCUGCAGAAAGAAAACAAUCAGGGAUUAUCUUAGCAGACGAGAAGAAAAAUUAGGGGAAAAUAAUCUCCCUUUGUAUAUCUUCGGUUGCUUCAGUUUCUUUUUCUCCUCUGAAUCUUCGUAUGAAUAGAGUUUUUUUAAAGGUGAUUAUAGCAUUUUAUCAAAAUUUUAUAAACGGUUGGUUUUCCUUUUGGAGAUUGUUUUUUUGGAUGACCAGGUCGAAGAUUGUCCAUGAUGAUUCGUUUCUUGUAUGAUGUGAUUAUUUAUGCUUGAUUAAUCGACCCUUGAACAUUAAAGGAACUUCAUUUCAGGUUUAGUCCCAAAACCCUUGUACUUUUUAUCUGUAUAUCUAAAUGUUCAUUGGUCUCAUUUUGUUCUUACCUGCUGUGUAAAUGUGUGAUGUAAUUCAAACUCUUUAUCAUUUUUCUACAGCGUUAAAAAAUCUCAAGCCUACUGGAGUAUUUUCUUGUGGGUUUUUGAGAUAAAAGAGGAUUUUAUUACAACAACGUUUGUCUAAUGGAGCAGUUCAGACAAAUCGGCGAAGUUCUUGGAAGUCUAAAUGCUCUCAUGGUAUUACAAGACGAUAUCUUGAUCAACCAAAGACAAUGUUGUUUGCUGUUAGAAAUCUUCAGCUUAGCUUUCACCACCAUUGCCGAAGAAAUCAGACAGAAUCUAAAACUCGAGGAGAAACACACCAAAUGGAAAGCCCUUGAACAGCCGUUAAGAGAGCUUUACAGAGUGUUUAAAGAAGGAGAGUUAUACGUCAAGCAUUGCAUGGACAACAGUGACUGGUGGGGCAAAGUAAUCAAUCUUCAUCAGAACAAAGACUGUGUUGAGUUUCACAUACACAACUUGUUCUGCUACUUCCCGGCGGUCAUCGAAGCGAUCGAGGCUGCGGGAGAGAUCUCGGGCCUCGACCCGAGCGAGAUGGAGAGAAGGAGAGUUGUGAUCUCGAGAAAGUACGAUAGAGAGUGGAAUGAUCCUAAGCUCUUUCAAUGGAGGUUUGGGAAACAGUAUCUGGUUCCAAAGGAUAUCUGCAGCAGGUUCGAGAAUUCGUGGAGAGAAGACAGAUGGAAACUAGUGGAGGCAUUGCAAGAAAAGAGGAAAUCAAACAGCAACGAGAUCGGAAAGACGGAGAAGCGCUUAGCUGAUCUGCUUUUGAAGAAGCUAACCGGUUUGGAGCAGUUUAACGGUAAACUGUUUCCGAGCUGGAUACUUGUCGUCUCAAAGGAUUACCAGGUGAAAAGGAGGUUAGAUGGAGACGGACAUUACAAGGAGAUUCAAUGGUUUGGUGAUAGUUUUGUUGUGAGACACUUCUUCAACGAUCUUGAGCCGUUGAGUUCUGAGAUUUCAUCUCUUUUAGCGCUUUGUCAUCCGAAUAUACAUCAGUACCUGUGUGGAUUCUAUGACGAAGAGAGGAAAGAAUGUUUUCUGGUUAUGGAGUUAAUGCACAAAGAUUUGCAGAGCUACAUGAAGGAGAAUUGCGGACCAAGAAGAAGAUAUCUCUUCUCUGUUUCCGUCGUGGUUGAUAUCAUGAUGCAGAUUGCGAGAGGAAUGGAGUAUCUCCAUGGGAAUGAUAUCUUCCAUGGAGAUUUAAACCCGACGAAUAUUCUAUUGAAAGAGAGAUGCCACACCGAAGGUUAUUUCCACGCGAAAAUCUCCUGUUUUGGUUUAUCUUCGGUCAAAUCUCAGUCUUCUUCAUCCUCAAGAGCAAGCACUCAUGAUCCUGUGAUAUGGUAUGCACCUGAAGUUCUAGCAGAAAUGGAGCAAGGAACAAAAACUCUGAAAUCGAAGCUGACGCAUAAAGCUGAUGUGUACAGCUUUGGGAUGGUUUGUUUUGAGCUGAUAACAGGUAAAGUACCUUUUGAAGAUAGUCAUCUUCAAGGUGAGCAAAUGGCUAUCAACAUUAGAAUGGGAGAGAGACCUCUUUUCCCUUUCCCUUCACCCAAGUACCUCGUUAGUCUGAUCAAACGGUGUUGGCACUCAGAACCGAGCCAGCGUCCCAACUUCUCUUCCAUCUGCAGGAUACUACGCUACAUCAAGAAGUUCCUAGUUGUGAAUCCGGACCAUGGUCACCCUCAGAUUCAAAUUCCACUAGUUGACUGUUGGGAUUUGGAAGCAAGGUACUUGAGAAAGUUCCCAGGUGAGUUAGGGUCCCACAUGGCGUCGGUGAGUCAGAUCCCUUUCCAGCUAUACUCAUACCGAGUUUUGGAAAGAGAGAAAAUGAAUCCAACAAACUCAAAAGAAAGCAGUAGUACAGAGGCAAGCGAAUCAGAAGUUGAAGAUCCACCUAAUGCCGUGAUAAUAAGAGAUACAAAGUCUUUGUGUUUAGAUACAAUAUCUGAAUACUCGGAUACAAGAUCAGUUUACUCAGAAGCUCCCAUCAAAAAGGUCUCAGCUUCAAAGAACAGUGACGAAUUGGUAAAGCUCAGAAAAAGUCCAAGCUUAGGGUCGUCAACAAAGUUGAGAUCAACCGGAACUUCGCCUGUAAAAACAAGAUCAUCACCAAAAGCAUUACCCUUGAGUUCAUUUGGAAGAAGCAUAAAAACGAGGAAGGAUAGUCGAUUGCCUUUGAGUCCAAUGAGUCCACUAAGUCCAAGGAGACGUAGAGUACAAACUGGUCAUGCUUCUGACUCGGAGCUUACUUAGCUUUUUUCAUCAAAACCAGAUCAUUAAGAAGCUGGAGAAGUACUUCUAAGUACUCGGGCCUGUUUGUUUCUCCAUUUAGAUGGAUCAUCUGGAUGAAUAUGAGAGUUUUGUUUGUUUAGGCACUAAAAGUGCAAUUCAUUCAAAUGGAUCAUCUGGAUGACUUUUGGAAAUUUAGGAUUAAUUUUAAAGUCCAUUCAGCUGAACCAAUUUGGAUCAUUUGAAUGGAGAUGGUUCAUUCAAAAUGGUAUAAAGUCUAUUAUGCUCCUAAUGUAAUUCACAAAUUACAAACCUAAAAAUAAAAUCAUUUUUGUCACAAACGAAAACUGACAAAACUACAAACACUUUUUCCCGUGCUAAAAACUAUUUUUUACGCCAAAACCCCAAAACGCA